AUGACAGAUGAGGGAGCAAUCAGUGUAGACACUCUCAUGAAAGAUGUUAUCAUCACUCCCAUGGAUCGCACCAGCUGGGCCAAAAGCCUCAAAUCUCCUCACAUCACCAGUCUUCAACUUGCAGAUGAUUUCAGUCAGACCCAAUUUCCUGUUCAAAUUCUUAUUGGUAUGGAUACAGUGUGGCAGUUCCUGAAACCUGAUGUCAUCUAUGGCUACCCUACUGUUCAAGCGUCUAGUCUGGGAUAUCUAAUCUCUGGAAGACUCUUUCCUAGCACUGACAGUACUAGUACCAAUGAUUCCCAAACAGCUUCACAGUGUUUUGCAGCAGGUCACUCCCUUGACAGUUUCCCAUUUGAUGACAGUGAAUGGUUUUGUUACACUCGUGCAAAGGAUCUUGAGGUGCACAACAAAGUUGCAGAUUUCCUCAAAAUUGAAACACUAGGAAUAGAGGACCCCAGGGAUACCAGUCAAGAGGAUGAUUUCCUAGAACGCUUCCAAUGCCAAAUCACAUACCGGGAUGGAACCUACUUUGUUCCACUGCCAUGGUUGGACAAUCACCCUCCACUACCUUCGAACUUCAACCUUGCUCACAGCCGUCUGCAACAAGUAAAGAAGAGGCUCCUCAAACUGGAUCUUUGGAAAUCUUAUGCAAGCAUCAUUGCCGACCAAAUUGACAAAGGUUAUGUGGACGCUGUCCCUACCAGUGAAGAUCCCUUGAGUAAGAGUGAUGCUCAUUAUCCCAGUCACUUCUUCGUUCUACGUCCAGAGAGCAAAACAACACCCGUUCACGUUGUAUUUCCAGCCAAUGCAGGCCAUGUCUCUCUGAACGAUUGUUUAUACACCGGUCCCUGCCUUCUCAAGUCAUUGAACACCAUCAUUCAUCGCUUCAGAGCUGACAAGUAUGCCUUUGUUGCUGACAUUGAGAAAGCCUUCAUGAGAAUCAAAAUUAUUGAAGAGGACCGUAACUAUGUCCGCUUUCAGUGGUUUGAAGAUGGGGACCCAGACAAACCAAUUAAAGUUUACCGCUACACAUCUGUCUUCUUUGGAGGAACAAGUUCUCCAUUCAUCCCUAACUCUACAAUUCUUCAUCAUCUUUCUAAGUAUGAGAAAGAUCAAGAUCCAGUUGUUCAAUUUGUUUCUCAAGACCUUGACGAGAAGAUUUACUGUGACAAUGUACUUACUGGAACAGAUGAUGAGGACACUGCCAUUCAGUAUUACAACAUCUCAAGGCAGGUUAUGAAGGAUGCUGACAUGAAUCUCCGCCAGUGGUUUACAAAUUCGCCAGAGCUGACCACCAUUAUUGACAAGAUAAGGACUGGUUCUCAGAGAGAUCACGCUGGCCUGUUAGGCAUGAUGUGGAACCCUAAGGAAGACACGUUACAGUUUCCACGGAAAGCUAUUGUCAUUCCUCCUGACGUGAAGUUCACGAAACGACAAGUCCUCAGUUCUGUUUCAUCAACAUUUGAUCCUAUUGGCCUCAUCUCCCCAGUCCUUGUUCCAGCCAAGAAAUUCAUUUCAUCUCUGUGGGAUAAGGGAUUUGACUGGGACGAAAUUCUCCCUGAUGAACUCCAACAGCAGUACAACCAAAUCGCCAAGGAAAUAGAAGCAGCUUCAACAUUUGUCACCUCACGUUAUUUGGACUUUGACAAAGCCUUACCAGUAGAAAUGCAUGUAUUUUGUGAUGCAUGCCCCACUACUGCAGCUGGUUGCUGUGUCUUCUUUGCUCAGAAUCAGAAGGUCAGAUUCAUUGGCUCCAAGGUCAAACUUUCCUCAUCUAAACAUGCACGAACAGUUUCCCAGUGGGAAUUAAUUGCCAUGGUAAUGGGUGCUCGCCUUGGUCGCAUAAGAGAAAUUUUCAACAAGGAUUUCCCAUUCAUCUCAUCCUACUACUGGACUGACUCCACCAUCUGUCUCUAUUGGCUGUACAGUACCAAGCAACUCCCAGUGUUUAUUCGCAAUCAGACAACAGAGAUCUUGAGGCUUACUGACCUAUCCAGCUGGUCCCAUGUCAGUUCAGCAAACAAUCCUGCAGACAUACUCUCCCGUGGAUGCAGUGCGGAUGAGCUCCUACAAUCAGCACUAUGGCAAAGAGGUUCCAUGGUUAACAGCCCAUUCACUCUGGCCAAGAUGGAGUCCUAA